CAGUGUCAUGGAGCAAAAACUGAAAUCUAUGGUGGACAGCUUGGACUCAGAAAGGAAGUUUCUCCGGCAGAGGGUUGUGGAUCUGACCAAUCAGCUGGAGACAGCUCAGAAGACCAUCAGCUCUCUGGAAAACAUCAAUGUACCCUCAUUGAUUAGAGAGUUGUUGAAAAACCCUUUUGACUCCAAGGAUGUACUGGAACACCUCUCAAAUCCUCAAACCUUACCGACCCAAUCUGUCACUAACCAAUCAAACAGAGCUCAAGAGUUCAAGGACAGCCACUCAUUUGAUGAAACGGGGGAAGAGAGUGUGUUUGAAUGGCUUGGAACUGGACAGAGUUCCAGUGGACAGAGUUUCAGUAAACAGCCUGCCACAGCCUUUUUGCCAUGGAAAAAUGAUCCGUGGGCGGGGCCUGAUCCUCUUGAGGUUAAAGGAAGUGACACACUUCCUUUUUCAGUUACUGAUGAUGUGUCUAUUUACAAAGCAAUGGCAGAUGCAAAGUCUUCAACUCAUCAAGCACAUCCAUUUGGCAAGAACACAGAGUUUCACAGUGUUGCCAUGGCAACCCACAGCUGUGUUGAUGUUCCCCCAAAUCCAUUUAACUUAAAAGAGAUGAGACUCCGCAGAGAGACAGGUGGAGAUAUAAGAGACGAGGGUCCUGUCACAGUAAGAAAAGACCCCUAUGAUUUCAACUAUCUUACAGCACAGAGGAUGCUAGAAGAUUUUUUUAGCCAAAUUCCUCCCCCAGCACUUGAUGGAAAGGAGAAAGAUAGGCUGGGGGCAAGAGAAAAAAAAGAAGGAAAUUAUUGACAUGUAAUAUGAGAUUCUUUUUCAUUAAACAUAAACAGGGAGUAAAUGUCAGAAUUGUUUGAAAGUAAUUUUAUUUUGAAGGGGUCAUAUGGCGCGAAUACGUGUUUUUCUGUGUCUUUGGUGUGUUACAGUAUAAGUUGCCCAUGCAUGUAUUAGACACUGUAAAAUUGCAAAAAUGAAAGUGUCGGAAAAAAAGAUGCAAUUCUAUCUAAAAGCGAAUGCUCACCCAGACCCGCCUGAAAUGCCUCGUGUAACCACACCCCCACAAAUCUACGUCAGUUCGUGGUAUGAUUUGACUAAGACCACCCAAAUGUAUACGCAAGUGAGGUGGGCGUUCCUGUCAGUACAAUUGCUUGGGAACCUGAUGUUCCAAUAUGGUAAGAGGCGUUACAUUUCUGUAACACGCUUGCAGAAUAUUCAACCAAUCACUACGCACUGGUUAACUGGCCAAUCAUAGCACACCUCGCUUUUCAGAGAAAUGAGCUUUGUAAAAAAUCAGUGCGUUUCAGAGAGGCGGGGCAAAGAGGAGAUACAAACAUGCAUAUGGUAUGUGGAAAAUACAAUUUCCCUUAAAUCGUGUAUACACAUUGCAUUACAUCUAAAACAAACAAAAAUAUUCAUUUUAGCUGUGUCAUAUGACCCCUUUAAUAAUUCCCACAGAUUUAACUUCUUGAGGACCCAAAUAAUAAUUGUGAUAUCUCCUAUGGCAUCUGUUAAGACAGUUGUGUUUUUUUUGGUUGCUUAUAUGUGUACACCAUGUGACUUUGUAACAUAUACAUUCAUUUACUUUCAUUUGUAGUUCAACAUAUUUGUGCAUUUGUGGAAAAAGUAUCCCUAUAUAAUGUAACCCACAUAAUAUUGUGAAACUCUCAAGGAUUCGUGUAAUCUUAAAUUAAAGAGUUAUGACUGUCAAAACGAAACUGAAGAGUGAUUAAAACAUUUCUAAAAUAUGUAAAUUAGUGCUCCAACUCAGGCAAUUAUCUUAAAGUGA